UCCAUGUUUACAAUGCCUUGUGUUCAGUCAGAUGGCAGUUCUCUUUAGUGGUCUUCUAAAAUUUGCCUCUGAAUUCUUUCUCGGAAUUGCAUCUAUUCCUUUCCUAAAGGAUAGAGUGAAUUCCUGGUGACCUUAAAACUCCAACUAAACCCUCUUCUGUAUUCUAAACAAAAUCAAGAAAUGGAUCUCAUUAAGCUAAGAGAGAUUCAUGCAGUUAACAAGUCCAAGAAGCAUCAACUUCUUGACAAUUUUUUCCUGUACUCUUUGACUGUCUUGGCCUGUACUCUUUUCUGUUCUAGCCCCUUUUGGUUUCCCUGCCUAUUUGAUUCCGUGAAGCUCUUUCUCUUCGGCUCUCCUCCAAAACUAGGUUCUGUUUUCCUCAGCCCCAAGUUCAUUUUCAUAGUUGGAAACCUUAUAAUCUUUGUCCUUGUUGGAGAGUCCAAGUUCUUUACUUCAAAUUCUCCAUCAGCUACUGAUGUUUACUAUGAUGAGUACAUUGACCACAAAAGGAGCCUUCAAACAGCUUCCAGUGUUGAACAGAAGAAAGAGACAAACAUGGGGAAAUCUUCCAAAGAAAAACGUAGCAGAACUUGCGAAAACGGAGAAAAGAAUGAAGGGAAAGGAAUGGCUGAAGGAAACUUGAAAGUACACGAGGAAAGAAAGGAUUUACAAGAAGACGCCCUCAGUUUGCCUACAGAGGAAUUGAACAAAAGGGCUGAAGACUUCAUUGCAAGGGUUAACAGACAAAGGAUGCUUGAAGCUGGGCUAUGAGUUCGCUUAAGUUAAUAAAACCAAGCUAAUUAGUGGUUUGGUACUUGUGGAUUGAACCUGGCUGAGUUUUAAACUUAAAGAUGGUCCUGUAAAUUACAGGACCUCUAAUUGAACAAGAAUCUUAGCUUGAAGGGAAUAUUUCCUCCAUGUUAUUAUCAUAGUACAUAAAUAAAAUGUAAUAAUCAUGGUUUCGGACAACGUGAAUAUAGUCUAUGCUUUCACCAUUA